UUGGUGCUCACAUUGCAGAAAUGGAUGGAGGCAACCAGAGUGAGGACUCCGAAUUUCUACUCAUAGGCCUCUCAGAGGUUCCUGAGCAGCAAGAGAUCCUGUUUUGGACGUUCUUGUCCAUGUACCUGGUCACAGUGAUGGGAAAUGUGCUCAUCAUCCUGGCCAUCGGCUCUGACUCUCGCCUGCACACACCCAUGUACUUCUUCCUGGCCAAUCUCUCCUUCACUGACCUCUUCUUUGUGACCAACACAAUCCCCAAGAUGCUGGUGAACCUUCAGUCCCAGAACAAAGCCAUCUCCUACGCAGGGUGCCUGACCCAGCUCUACUUUCUGGUCUCCUUGGUGGCCCUGGACAAUCUCAUCCUGGCUGUGAUGGCAUACGACCGCUAUGUGGCCAUCUGCCGCCCGCUCCACUACACGACAGCCAUGAGCCCUAAGCUCUGUGUCUUGCUCCUGACCUUGUGUUGGGCCCUGUCUGUCUUCUAUGGUCUCAUUCACACUGCCCUCAUGACCAGAGUGACAUUCUGUGGGUCUCACAAGAUCCACUACAUCUUCUGUGAGAUGUACGUCCUGCUCAGGCUUGCAUGUUCCGACACUCAAAUCAAUCACACAGUGCUGAUUGCCACAGGCUGCCUCAUCUUCCUCACUCCUUUUGGGUUCAUGAUCUCAUCCUAUGUCUGUAUUGUCAGAGCCAUUCUCAGAAUACCCUCAGCCUCUAACAAGUACAAAGCUUUCUCUACCUGUGCUUCACAUUUGGCCGUGGUUUCCCUGUUCUAUGGUACACUUUGUAUGGUAUAUCUGCAGCCCCUCCAUACAUACUCCCUCAAGGAUUCGGUAGCCACAGUGAUGUAUGCCGUGGUGACUCCCAUGAUGAACCCUUUUAUCUACAGUCUGAGGAACAAAGACAUGCAUGGGGCUCUGGGGAGACUCCUAAGGAAACCCUUUCAAAGGAAAACAUGACAGCAAUUUGGAAAAGGAGCAAUGAAGUGGAGACUGAGAAUAUUCUUCACCAUAUGUAAGUCAUUAUCCUAUGGGUUAUGCACCAGUGAUUAGGACAUAGCUUCAGCUGAGAAUAAGUGCAUAUAUCUGUGGUGGGUGAAAGGAUAUGUAAGUGUAGCCAGUGUCCCCAGAUCUCACUAGCUGUGGUAAUAAGCUCAUACUAAUACUAAUACUAGAAUUUUGCAGUAUCAAACUUUUCAACUUGCCUGGUAAGUUGAGAGGAUUAUCAGCCUCUUCUGAUAAUCAGUGGAUUGUCAACAAGUAACUUCAACAGCAGCCCCCAGUCCCAAGAAUAGGUGUCGUGUCCCCUUGUCCUCAGCAGCUGGCCGGCCUGCAUAUCCCCUUUACAUCAGGCCUCCUCACCUGUAAACUCCGCCAACUGGCCCACCCAGAAUCUCAUCUCAGAGAGGUUCAG